AUAGGAAGCAGGGCUGUAACUUAAAAUAUAGCCAAUGUCAACUUGUUAAAGGACUCUAGUUCUGUACUCCAGAGGGAGGGACGCGUAACAAAGGGGGAGCGCGCAGGAUGUGUGCCGCAUCAGCGAAGCCGGUUCUUUAUACCUAUUUCAGAAGUUCCUGCUCCUGGAGAGUUCGAAUUGCGCUGGCUUUGAAGAGAAUUGCCUAUGAUCAAGCACCAGUAAAUCUUGUGAAAGAUGGAGGGCAGCAGCUGUCUUCUGAGUUCCAGACUGUGAACCCAAUGCAGCAAGUCCCAGCCCUCAAAAUUGAUGGCAUCACCCUCUCGCAGUCACUGGCUAUAAUAGAGUAUCUAGAGGAGACAAGGCCAAACCCUAAGAUCCUGCCUCAGGAUCCAAAGAAGAGAGCCCAGGUCCGGAUGAUCUCUGAUCACAUUACUUCUGGAAUUCAACCCUUGCAGAACCUGACCGUCUUGCAGCAAGUGGGAGAAAAGAAGCUAGACUGGGCACAGCAUUGUAUUUCUCGUGGCUUCAAAGCUCUGGAGCAGAUUCUGCAGGAAACAGCUGGCCGCUACUGUGUUGGGAAUGAGGUGACCAUGGCUGACCUGUGCUUGGUCCCCCAAGUGUACAAUGCUGAGAGCAGAUUUAAAGUGGAUCUUACUCCAUACCCCACAAUAAGCAAAAUCAACAAAGCUCUGCUGGAGUUAGAAGCAUUUCAAACAAGUCAUCCAUCCCGACAGCCGGAUACACCUUCAGAACUAAGAGCCUAAAACUGCCCAGUCGUCUUACUGUAGAGGAAUUGAGCAGAGUUUUCCCAGAAAGGGACUCUCUCCUACAGAACAAGUUAGGAAGGAAUCAAAAUACGCCACCUUCUGAAAAGACAAAACAGGAGCACUGCAGAGGCAUAACAUGCCACUGCAGGAAAAGGCUAUUCUGGGGCCUGCGCCCUUGAUCAUGUUUGACAACUGUAAAUGCCAUAACGAAGCAGAUUAAAAGGAAGAGAGCUUGC